CGGGUGGGGCUGCUGGCAUUGUCGCCUGGCACCUGUUCCGGGGCACGGGGAAGAUUAUAGCCCGGCCGGGGCGCGGGGAGAGAUUGCUGCCGUUCCUGCCCCCCCGUGCGGAGAGUGAUGGCGGCAGGAGGCCGCGGCCGAGGCGGGGAAGGACCCUCCCCGAGCAAGACGGGAGGGGGGGCGCCAGUAGGGGGCGCCAUGGCCGAGGGAUCCGGGACCGGGGGGGGGGGCGGGCUGUGGACGCGCUCCCGCAGGGGGCGAGUGGGGGUGGGGUGUUUGGGGACAGGAGCACCCCUCUGGGGACUCCCCGUCUCUGCCCCCAACUUCAAAGUGCCGCCAGCCCGGGGAGGGGGAGCUGGCAGGGCCUUUGAAGUGCCCAUCAGCCGCGGCGUCCGCUCGGGUUACAGCUGCUUGGCGGUCUGCCCGGUGGGACGGCCGGGCGAGGGAGCAGCCUUUGAUCUCCGUGACUCCCGUGCAGCAGAGCCCUCUUUCCAGCAGCCCCUUCCCUGCAGCAGAGCUUCAGGCAGCGUGCAUCGCUCCCCCCCCCCCACCCCGCCGCCGCCCAGGGCACCAAGCGCUCCAGGUGUCCCCAGGUACCCACACCCUUCUCUUCUCGCAGGUGUCUCCGCCGCUCCCUCUGCUAUGGGGUCCUGGGCGACCCGCUUCCUGCUCUGGUUGCCCUUCUUCUGCAGCCUGGUCCAGGCCAGCCUCAACGGUGCCCCCCGACUCUACCUAACCUACAAAGAGCUGCUGGAGACCCAGCCUUCGUCCACUGGCUGCCUUCCAGCCUGUGACCUCCGGAUCUUGUUGGUGGACCAGGACCAAGGACGGCUCUACUUGGGCGCCCGAGAUUACCUGGUGGCCUUGGACCUUCACAAUAUCAACAAAGAGCCACUCAUUAUUCACUGGCCGGCACUACCGACCCAUCGGAAUGAGUGCCGCUUGGCUGGGAAGGGACAGUGGAGCGAAUGCUUCAAUUACAUAAGACUUAUGGAACCACUGAACCGCACGCAUAUCUACGCUUGUGGAACAAGCGCCUACCACCCGGUUUGUGCCCUCAUCAACCGUGGCUGGCGCUCUGAAGAGUAUCUCUUCCGAAUGGUACCUCGUUCACUGGAACCAGGAAAGGGAAAAUGUCCUUAUGACCCUCGGCAGAACAGCAUGGCUGUCCUUAUCAAUAACACUCUGUAUGCCGGUGUGCACGUGGAUUUCAUGGGCACAGAUGCCGCCUUGUUCCGCACCAUGGGGCCACGCCCAGCUGUCCGCACUGAGCAACAUGAUUCCCGUUGGCUCUAUGAUCCUGUUUUCCUCCAUGCCCACGUCAUUCCUGACAGCUCUGACCACAACGAUGACAAGCUGUAUUUCUUUUUCCGUGAGAAGGCGCUGGAGGGUGCCGUGGGGCCUGCUGUGCUGGCUCGAGUGGGACGGGUUUGUCUGAAUGACGACGGGGGGCAACGUUCCUUGGUGAACAAGUGGACCACGUUCCUGAAAGCUCGGCUGGUCUGCUCCGUGGUUGGAGAAGACGGCGUGGAGACCUUCUUUGACGAGCUGCGAGAUGUUUUCCUUCUGCCGACUCAGGAUGAGAAGCACCCGCUGCUCUACGGGGUGUUCUCCACUUUGGGGUCGGUGUUCCGGGGUUCUGCUGUCUGUGUUUAUUCCAUGGCUGACAUACGCACAGUCUUCAACGGACCCUUUGCCCACAAGGAGGGGCACAACUACCAGUGGGGGCCAUACACAGGACGCGUUCCCUACCCCCGUCCCGGAGCUUGCCCCGGAGGCACCUUCACCCCAGGGCUUCGCUCCACGCGGGAGUUCUCUGACGAGCUGGUCACCUUCGUGCGGAACCAUCCCCUGAUGUACAAUUCUGUUUACCCGCUGCAGCGCCGCCCCCUGUUGGUGAGAACCAACGUGCCCUACAGCUUCACUACAUUGGCUGUUGACCUGGUGGACGCGGUGGAUGGACGUUAUGAGGUGCUCUUUCUCGGCACAGACCGGGGCACAGUGCAGAAAGUGAUUGUUCUGCCCCAGGAGCACGGGGUCCUGGAAGAGCUGACCUUGGAAGAGGUUGAGGUGUUCAGGAGUCCUGCUCCAGUGAAAACACUGUGGAUAUCCUCUAAACGGCAACAGCUGUAUGUUUCCUCCGAUGUGGGUGUUUCCCAGCUGAGCCUCCACCGGUGCCGUGAAUAUGGGGAAGCGUGCGCUGACUGCUGCCUGGCCCGGGACCCGUAUUGUGCAUGGGAUGGGCAGCGAUGUGCUCGUUACAGCCAUACAGCUAAAAGGAGGAGUCGGCGUCAAGACAUCAAGCACGGAGAUCCCCUGAGGCAGUGCCGGGGCUUUAAUGCCAAAGUAGAACAGCAGUUACCUGAACAGGUUCAGUAUGGUUUGGAAGGUGGAAGUGUGUUUCUGGAGUGUGAACCACGAUCUCCUCAUGCGUCUGUCAAGUGGCUUGUGCAAACAGAGGGUUCUGACAAGCGUAAGGUGUUGCCCCGGGACCGUGUGCUCCUACGAACGCCGCAGGGUGUGCUUUUAGGCCCAGUGGCUCCCACUGACGGCGGGCUCUACCAGUGCAUAGGCACGGAGAACCGUUUCCGCCACACGCUGCGUCGUGUGCAUUUGCAUGUUUUGCCCCGGGCCUUGCUCGGAGAGGCCAUCACCCAGCAGGCCCCGUCCACUCUCGGCAUUUGCGAGAGCUACUGGCACCAGCUCAGCGGAGACCAGGACACCCGCCGCGGGCGGAGUGGCCGCCAAUCCCCUUGGGACUCAGAACAGCAGGCCAACGGGGAUCGAGCCGAUCGCCACUCGUCAAAUUGGACCAGAAGCAGCCCCCAGCACUCCCGGAGUGGCAAUGGCCGGCGGCGGCACCAGCACCACCACCGCCCCAAGCCAUGGACAGGCCACCGUUCCCCUCCUCGGAGCUGAGCUGAGCGGGAGCCUUGGGGGGACACCAUCUGUGGUGGUAGAGAAUGACAUUCCAGUGGACUCGUGAGAGAUGGGGAAACCCUUCCUUCCCCCAGGAGUGUGAACGCUAUUGCUAACAGGCUGUGUGUUGUGUUGCAUUGCGUAUCCAGGCUAAUUCCAGGGUUUCACAGGACCAGGGCCCACAGGUGUACAUAAUGACCAGCGCUGAUUCCAGGGGCUUUGGCUUAAAGUCUAUUUUUUACAGUGCUAAUUUCCACCUCCCACUCCCUAACACGGCUGGCUUGGUUUUUCCUACCACAGUAGGGGAAGGGUGGGGCUGCUUUCGACUUUUAACCCCAUGAUUUUAUUAUUAACCCUGUGUUGCAGGAACGGAUUGCAGAGAAUAAAAUGCCAGUUUAUUUUCUAAACAAAAUGCCAA